AUGGCUACCAAAUUGUCCUCUUGCCACUAUGUCUGCGUGAACCCUGCCCUUUCAACCUCUCUUCAGUCGGCCGCUACCGUCAGUCGAAUCUUUCAUCCAAAUUUGCUGGAGAUGGCCUGCGACUCGGUCAUUGGACUUCUUGCUAUGCCACAGUCUGUUCGCUUCGAGCCCUUCGCUAAGGCUUGUAUUGUGGAAAACGUUUUUGACUACAUU